UCGGGCACUACAUCAUAGUCUCGACAUCAUCGACGUCGACCAAAGCCGUCGUACAAGGUAUCCACUUGGACCCUCACCACCCUUUCACGGCACACUACGCAAUCGAUCGCGACAACGCGUCGAACAUAAAAGCUAUGUUCGGCUCAUACAGCUCAUUAAGCUCGUCGAGUAGCUCCUACAACUCGGUCACAUCACACAGCGUCUUGGCCAGCAUGUCCUCACCCCUCGAUAUCGCGCCGCGCUCCUCUUCACGGCGAGGACCUGAUCCGGAGUGCGCCUAUCCCUCAUGGCCGCGGCGCUCGUCGCUUGGUGAACACGAUGCCACGGAGGAGCGGGCAACGUCAUACAUCCCGGACGAGGAUCUCUUUCUGGACGUCUUCGAGGACGACUCUAGCAGCGUGUCUAGCCAUGGCAGUGCGACCCCGAUACAAUCACCUCAACCGCCGGUCCUCACCGAGGCUCAACUCGCCCAGCUGCAACGGGAGCAGUUGGCCUAUGAGCGCGAAGUACGGAGGAUCUUGCUGGCAGAGAAGGAGAUGCGGAGGAGACAGGCCGAACAGGACCACCGUCGGCGAGUGGCAAACAAGCGGCGCUCGGCCUCGUCAUCAUCGAAGAAGGGAAAGAGCAAGCUCACAGCCAUGACUCCCAUCGCCGAGGCUGAAUGAAGCCACUUGUCUGCAAGUUGCAGAUUCGAUCUGAAUCGACAUCAACUGUGAGCCCUGACUCAUAGCCGCACAUAUCAACCUUGAUUUUGGAAGAUGCCUGGCUUUCGCACAUGCAUCUUUUUCGAAAUUUGACCGAGGGCGGGAUUCGGGAAGCGACGAAAAUUACCCGAAAACAUUCAUGCGGCCCCUCGGCUUGAACGGUGGUGAUGAGAGCGAAGAUAUCCG